ACUUUGUUCUCGGUAGGCUUGGCGACAAAGCAGUUUGAUCCGUUAAUCAUUUCCAAUCGUAAUCAUUUUUAUGAGAAACUAUAAACUAGGCCAGCAAGCAGGUGGUGGCAGAUCGUCGUCUUGUCAUUUCAUGAUAAACUAAUGUGCUUAAAACACCUCAUUUUUUGUGUGGAACCUCUUUUGUGUAAUGGGCAUGGCUGACAGAUGUUUUUGCAGCGGGGCCGAGAACAAAAAGUGGUAUUUGCCAUGUGACAAAAUGGAUUUUGCAAUGUGGCAUUUUUUUUUGCCAUGUUGCAAAACGAGAUAUCCAGGUGCUAAGCACCGCCCUCUGGCGGUCAGGAGGAAUAAAAUAGAACUGAUUUUUCCAUUUGGCUUUUUUUUUUUUUUUUUUUUUUUUUUUGGUAUGUGGCAAAAUAGAUUUUGGUUUGUGGCAUUUUUGGGGGGGGUUAUAUGGCAUUUUUUUGGGUGGUAUAUCGCAGUUUUGCAGGCCAUGCACGUCCAAAUUUUUCCAUUUGUGGUCAAAAAUCCCAGCCACGCAUGUUUUUCUGCCAUGUUAAACUGAAAAUGAAUGGAAAAAUUUGGACGUACAUGGCCGUCAAUUGCAUAGCCUGACUUGGGUGUCAGUUUAAUGUCAACGCGCUCUAAUUUAAAGGGUAUGGUCAAAAAUCACAGCCACACGUUUUUCUGCCAUUUAAAAUGAAUGGAAAAUUUGGACCUGCAUGGCUGUUAAUGGCACAGACGUGCUUGGCCAGCAAAACUGCCACAUAACCCCCAAAAAUGCCACAAACCAAAAUCCAUUUUGCCACAUACCCAAAAAAAUGCCACGUGUCAAAAAACAUUUUGCCACAUGGGAAAAAAAAUGCCACAUGGCAAAAUCAAUUUUCCCAAAUGGCAAAAAAAAUGACCAGUGUUGGGCACGUUACUUUAAAAAGUAGUUAUAGUUACUCACUACUUCUUCCAAAAAGUAACUGAGUUAGUAACUGAAUUACUAUAUAGUAAAAGUUACUAGUUACCAGGGAGAGUAAUUAUUUCCGUUACUUUAAAGAGAAGUUGUUGUGUGUCAAAGAAUUUGAAAUUGUCUGAGCAGUAUUCAAGUCAGUUGAAUAGAGAACAGACAGUUGUGUUAUAGAACCUUGUAAUAUUUAUUGCACCUCAGCAGCAACAGAUUUAUCCUAUACUUGAAGUGCAACAAAAAUAAACAGUAAACAAUAUAAUAAAAUAACAAUCAGCAGUAAACAAUAUAAAGUGAGUUUAAUCAAUUAAAUCUCACAACCUGAGACAACUGGUCAAGUACACAUAGCCUGCUGUACUUCAAGUAUUUUGACUUGAAAUAGUGUUUAUAUCUCCACCUCGUAAAGGACAAAUUUUCCUCAGAAUGCUCUGCCAUCAUAUCCCUCUGCAUCUGUUUUGUGUGUGUGUUUGCCACACGCACUGUUUCGGUUUGUGUGUGAAAACACCGGCUCUGAUUGGCUUACCAUGACACAUAACGCUAACCCUCAGCCAAUCACAAUCACUUCCAUCGCAUCUAUCCAGGUGGUGCAUUCAGGUAGCCUCGUCCCCCCUACUCCUCCCGUCUGCCGUCCUCAAGAUGGAAGCAGCAUUCUUGCUGGCUGACAGUGGGGGAUGGGAACGAGGCUAGCAUUCAGGUGUAGCAAACACGUUAGCAAGCUUUGGAAAGCAUUGUCUAAUCGAAUGAGCAGGGAGUAACAGCCUGGUGUCAAAAGAAGUACGCGCUGUAAUAUUCUGAUACAGAAUUAUCCGAGGCACCCUAAAGUGCACGCGGCGUCAAUAUUGUUUUGCUCACAUGAUGCGGGAGUGCGUUACAGAGACGGCUUGCCGAGAGCCGUAUGUUUGUGUUAAUGUUGAAGUUAUAUGUGCUAUUAAAGAAACAGAGUGCCAGCAUGUCCUGUGUGGUAUAUCUUUGCUAAGAAAAAGCACAAAACAAAACACGUGCGCCAUCCUUGAACCUGAACGCACCCCACUUCUUGGAUUACAAAUAAACAGAGCAGAGUAGACUCGCUACGGUAGUUUCUUCAAUUUAUUCAGAGUAAGUAACACACCGCUUUUGAUAGUAACGGUACCGGCUUUGUAACGGAAUAAAUUGUCAGAUGACCCCGUUACUGAAAAAAUAAUGCUGCUGUUAUUCCCAACACUGAAAAUGACACAUGGUAAAAUCAGUUAUGCCACAUAGCAAAAUUCAUUUUGCCCCAUGGAAAGAUCAAUUUUGCCACAUGGAAAAAAAAAUGCCACAUGGCAACAUCCAUUUUGCUACAUGGCAAAAAAAAAAAAACCCCAAGUGGCAAAAAAAAAUCCACAUGGCAAAAUCCAUUCAGCCGCCUGGCAAAAAAAAAAGCCACAUGGAAAAAUCAAUUUUGCUACAUGGCAAAAAAAUGCCACAUGGCAAAAAAAAAAAAAAAAAAAAAGUGGCAAAAAAAAAUCCACAUGGCAAAAUCCAUUCAGCCGCCUGGCAAAAAAAAAGCCACAUGGAAAAAUCAAUUUUGCUACAUGGCAAAAAAAUGCCACAUGGCAAAAAAAAAAAAAAAAAAAAGUGGCAAAAAAAAAUCCACAUGGCAAAAUCCAUUCAGCCGCCUGGCAAAAAAAAUGCCACAUGGCAAAUCCAUUUUGCCAUGUGCCAAAUGCCACUUUUGAUUUUCUGUGUGUUUUUGUAUAUCCUGAGAUGAGAAAUACAUUCACGCAUUGGUGAAAAAAAAACCUAUCGAAAAGGGUCCUACAAAAGAGGAGGCGCCACUGAGCUGUGCAGCCACCCGCUUAUUCAAAACCAAAACGUAUCUUCUAAUUGGGCCACUUUGCGCAAUUGUGCAAAAUUUGGUAGCUCUCUAAGCUGCCCGAGGCCAUGUCUACACGUAGCAGGGUAUUUGGCAAAAUAACUUUUUCUACAGUUUGGCCUAUCAUGCACACGCACAUUUAAAUUCUUAAAAAUGUCAGAAGUGAAGAGUGGCGAAUUCUGCGUUGUUGGCGCCAUCAUGUGGACACUGACAAGAUUUCACUGUGGAAACGUCACCAACUGUAACAAUCUUUGUCCCUACGUCACACAUGAGACCAAGGUUUACAUUUGGAGUAAAUUGCCUCCAUAUAUUUACAAACUUGCAGCGCUUCAUAUGGAAGAACACAUGCAAAGGAUGGGGGUAUACGGACAAUUAUUUUUCACGCAUGGUUUUGAAUGUACUUAAAAAUGAAUGAAUGUGGUUGUCUGUGGAAGCUUUUUUUUUUUUUUUCUACACACGUGCUGGUGUGGAUGUAAUUAGUUUUUCCCGACAUGUGUGAACAGGAUCCUCGGUUUUCAAAACCCUAAACCCUGCUAGGUGUAGACCCUGCUAAGCGGUGUCUGUUUUUCUUAGUCACCAGUGCAGCUGGCGUUUGGAAUUAACGAUGAUUGACAGGUUUAUAGCUUUGAUCUGGCGACGGACCACUCCCUAGUUCCACAGUCAAAGACAACUCAUUCAUUGUGAGAGGCUGUUCUCGGCAGUGUGAGUGAAUUUGUGGCACUGUACGAGCAUGACGAAAAACGAGUUUGCGUGUUCAAAAAAAUAAUGAAAAUAUCACACGUCCGCGGGAUGAGAGUAUUGCGCAUCCGCAUAUUGCGAUGACGAUCUUCAAACGAUAUAUCGUUCAGGACUGAUUGAAAAUACCUAUUGACGAUUGAGCGAUUAACAGUUGGAGUGAACGUCUAUUGCUGUCAAUGGCAGCCAAAGUGUUCAGCUAUUUCAGGUCGCAAAACAAAAUUCCUAUCGCAAAAUUCAGUUGUUUGAAUUUGUCUUUUUUUUUUUUGUAACUUUUUGAAAAUUUUCUUCGAAUUAAUUUGAUUUAGUUUUAUUACCCAUGGCUUUUUUGUUUUUACUUUUGCUAUUGAUUACUAUUCAAAUAGUUGUUUCACCCCAACCGCCUAAAACGGAGCAAUAAAUUCAUUCCAUUUAAAAUAUUUUUUAAAUUAUUCCAAUUGGAUAUCAAUAUGUUGUAAAGCCAGUCGUGUAAUCAAAACAUUUAUGUGGGUAUUCUUUGAAAGACGAGGCGUGACCAAGCUCAAGAUGGUGGUGGUGGUGGUGGUGGGAAAAAAGAUGAUGGUGACAUUUCUAAGCACUGAAGAAAUAAAGACAGAGCGAUUGAGAGCGGUGUGUGGAAUUUCUUGAUUUUUGUGCAUUGACAAAGUCGCGCGUUGAAAUGACGCCGCCGGCCCAUCUGUGUUUCGUGGCCGGAUCACCUGCACGCGAGCCGAUGACGUCCGCCGAUUACCUGACGACAUCACCACCCGGGCGGGCGAGCGGGCGGGCGGGCGAGCGGGCGGGCGGGCCAGUCAGACAAGAAAGCCAGCUCUGGCGGGCGGGCCAGUCAGACAAGAAAGCCAGUCAGAGAGCGAGCGAACGGCGGGGCGGCCACCUUGCUCCCCCCUUCAGCGCCGCCCGCCCGCCCGCCCGCCUACCAGUCAGCCAGCCGAACGUCUACCGAGCGGUAACAGAAAUGUGGGGGUCGUGCUGUCACUGGUGUUUGGAGCCCUCGGAUGAGCAGGCGGGCGGGGCCGAGCCCCAGCCUCGCUCCUACACUAACUCCGCCUUCGCCGGUCGGCAGUCGCCGCCCCCCGAACAACCGAUUGCCUGCAAAGCUUGCGGGCGAUGCCUAGACGCCCCCGUCGCCGAGCACGUGUGCGCAGACUGCAAGGAGAAGUACUGCAACGUAUGCUCGGCCCGGUCGGAGCCCCGGCCCCGCCUGUGUCACACCUGCCGGCGUUUCCACGGUAAUCUGCUGCAACGGGCCGAGCUGAUGAAGCUGAAAGUCAAAGAGCUGCGCGACUACCUCCACCUGCACCACGUGGCCACCCACCUUUGUCGCGAAAAGGAGGAGCUGGUGGAACUGGUCAUGAGUCGGCAAGCGUCUCCGUCCGAAUCCCCCGCCGGCCCGCCGGAAACCGAGCCGGACCCGCCGACGCCGUACCUCGGCACCUCCGUCGUCGAGCUCCCCGACUGGACCCCCGUCACCGAGACUCCCGAGAGCCCCCCCGCGGACGUCUCCGAGCACGCCUCGGACGCGGAUCAAGUAGAGGGCGAUGCGACGCUAGCUGCUCCGGCUUCGCCGUUGAUCGUCGGGGACGACAUCGUGAAGACGGGACGCAGGGCGUCGCUGUCCGACGUGAGCGGUGAGGACGGCAUCGAGGAGCUGAGCGUGCGGCAGCUGAAGGAAAUCCUGACCCACAACUUUGUCGACUACCGCGGUUGCUGCGAAAAGUGGGAGCUGACCGAGAGAGCGCUGCGCCUCUACCGCGACCGCAAAGGCAUCAAAGAGGAGCACGACGGCGGCUCCGACAACCGCUGUUGCAUCUGCAUGGACGCCCCCAUCGAAUGCGUGCUGCUGGAGUGCGGUCACAUGAUCACCUGCACCCAGUGCGGCAACCGCAUGAGGGAGUGUCCCAUCUGCCGCCAGCACGUCAGCCGAGCCGUCCGCGUCUUCAGACCCUGACGCAAGUACCCCGGUUUUCCUCUGAGACCGAAGCGGCCCUUUUUUCCUCAAACUUUGAGCGCGUGGCACGGCCGGCCGGAGCUCGCCCGCCUCCGAAUGACUUUCCGACGUGGCCGACGGAGUCCAAACCCGGCGGCCGCCUCGAGCGGUCGUGGUGCGAUCGGACCAAGAAUGUGGCCUUCUCAUGCGCGACCAAAAAAGCGCUUUUGAAUAAAAAUGUGUUUUUGUUGAAUUUUGCCUGGAGCACUCAAAAAACGAGACUGCGAGAACCAAAGUGGUAUUUGCCAUGUGACAAAAUGGAUUUUACCAUGUGACAUUUUUUUUUUGCCAUGUGGCAAAAUGGAUUUUGCCAUUUGGCUUUUUUUUGCCAUUUGUCAAAAUGGAUUUUGUCAUGUGGCAUUUUUUUUUUUUUUUUUGCUAUGUGGCAAAAUGGAUUUUGCCAUUUGGCUUUUUUGCCAUGUGGUAAAAUGGAUUCUGCCAUUUGGCAUUUUGUUUUUUUUCCCCAUGUGGCAUUUUUUGCCAUGUAGCAAAAUGGAUUUUGCCCUUUGGCUUUUUUUUUUGCCAUGUGGCAUUUGUUUUACAAUGACUUUUUUUUUGCCAUGUGGCAUUUUUUUUUUAUUUGUAUGUGGCAAAAUGGAUUUUGGUAUGUGGCUUUUUGGGGUAUGUGGCAUUUUUGCAGGCUAUGCACGGCCAUGCCAUUGACGGCUUCGCACAUCCAAAUUUUCCAUUCAUUUUGAGUGGCAGAAAAACGUGUGCUGUGAUUUUUGACCAUACACUUACCAUUACAGUGCAUUGACAUGCAACUAAGUCAGGCUAUGCCAUUGACUGCUAUGAACGUCCAAAUUUUCAAUUCAUUUUGAAUGGCAGAAAAAUGUGAGGUUGUGAUUAUUGACCGUAGGCUUGACAUUACAGCGCAUUGACAAUCAACUGGCACCCAAAAAAAAAAAGCCACAAACCGAAAUCCAUCUUGGCACGCACCCCAAAAAAUGCCACUUGUCUAUAUAUAUAUAUUUCCACAUGGCAAAAUCCAUUUUGCCACAUACCACUUUUCGAUCUCGGCCCUGCUGCAAAAAAACUGCACCUUUACGUUGACAAAAAAUGUAUCAAAGAAAUUUUAUUCACAAAUAACUGUUUCCUGACAGGUUUUAGAACAUUUGUAUUCAAAUUCACUUGUGAGCAUGUGGGAGUAAGACACAGAUUUUCUGAUGGCGAACGGUUCGACGGCGGCGGCGUUCGGAACCAAAGCCGUUGAACUCGCUGACGGCGAUAGACAUACAAUCCGUUCUACGAGGUGGGGCCACCUCUUCCUUCAAUUGAAUGGGACAUCUACUAGUGACAAACUCAUUUCAGUUCCCAGCAGAAGGAUGUCCCGGGUAAGAACAUUUUCUUCACUACGAUAUGUGGCACCUUAAGAAAACAAAGUACAUUUAUUACAGGUAGUCCCCAGGUUACGAAUGAGUUCCAUUCCUUCCCAGGCGACGUAAACCAAAUUUCUGCACAAAUCGGAAUUAACGCUUUAAGUAAAUCUCUAUCCAAAAAGUCCAAAAAACGUAUUUUAUUUAAUGAUGCACUGCCCUCAGGUGGCAGAGUUGGGUUUGGCUGGACUGUCGCCUUGUAUGACUGAGAAGCACAUUCAGAUGUCUGACAUAGAUAAAGGAUAGCGGCGCCCUGGAUUGGCCCACAUCAGGCUGUAAGUUGUUUCAGCUAUGCAUUUGUAAUUAAGUUUACGGCGACAGUCGUGUGAGCAAUUUGCUAUGAGAAUUGUAAGAACGUUAGCAUUUAAGGUAGCGUCUACUAAAUUGACAUUGAUCAGACUAGU